UUGCUGGUAGUCAUCCAGGGGAAGCCCCCACGAGAAGUAGUGUUGUCAUAGACGACACUCCCGCAAGACGUCUGUUAGUCCGGCCUCGACGCGAUGGAGGAACCCUUCGUCGCCGCCACUGAGGACUUGGCUGUUCUCGCUGACAGGAUUAAGACCGAUUUUCCAGAAUCUGUUUCGUUUUACAACAGCUUGCUCCUUCACGCCCGCGGGCAUGCUCGAGCCUACUCCUUCUACACUCUAAAGGCGGCGCCACAUUCUCACGUUAUCAUGUGGUGCCAUUCUGAGAGGAAUGAGGAAUUGCAGAAAACUGAUAGUUGGCUAGCCCUCCAUUGUCGCAAAGAGGAAGUUGUUUUGCUGAAGGAGGCUCUGCACCAGACACGCUUGCUAGACUGGGAAGGACGGCUGUGUAUCUACCACGUCCCUGAGUACCUGAAGAAUGCGGUACAGGCAGUAGCUGCGGCCAGGGCGGGUCAGGAACUAGAUCCUUCCCCAUGCUACACUUUCGUCUAUCAACCCCAGCUGGAGGAACCAAUUAGGUGCAGUGCUGGGCUCCGCGUUUAUCGCCUCGGCAGAAAAGGAGUCCGCCACAUGCUGGACACGAGUAAGUUCGACAAGAACAAGAACUUCGACGAGAUGCUGCGCCUCGUCAGGAGCGCCCCCUCGGCCGGCGUGUACGAGGACCCGAACGUCGAAUCCGAGGCAGUCGUCGACGCAGCCAGCCUCCCCUUCGGCCCGGAGGAGGAGACGCCCGUUGCAUGGAUCACGACCUCGUUCUACGGUGGCCUGGCCAUCCUCAUGACGGAGGAGAGGCACCGAGGGCGCGGUCUGGCCAAGCUGGUUACUCAAGUGGCGGCCAGGAUGCUGGCUGGCCAAGGCUACGUUCCGCACGCCCACGCCGAGGCCAUGAAUGUCCCUUCUGUCAUGAUGUUUAAGAAUCUCCCCGGCUGGCAGGAGAUGCACGGGGUUUAUUUCAUGCACAAAGUAUAAUUCUUGUGAUACAUUAACAUCCAAGGCGUCAAUAAAGAUAUGAAUAUU